AUGAUUGGAAUUGCUCAUAACCAUUCAAAUAACAUUAUCAUAGUAUCAACUGUUUAUUGUUAAAUAAAUAGGAGGAUCAACUUAUUUCAGGAGGAAUGGAUCAUAAACAAUUAUAUGGAAAGUAGACUUUAGUAAGAAUGUUUUGACUUUUCUGCACUCCUUAGAUUAACAUAUAUAUAGAGUCAACCCACUAAGUUUUAAUUAAUCAGAAACCGUCUUGGCAUCAAGUGGUUAAGGAGAAUUCAUUCUAUGGGAGGAAGGAAUAUUAGGAAAAUUGGAGUUUAAAUAUAUAAUGGAAUAGCUGAAGCACUUUAUUUAUUCACACAUAUUUAUUUUAUUUAUAUAUGA